CAAACAAAUGCGAUUGCCUUACUGGUUAUAAGGGCGACCUGUGUGAAAAUCCCGUGUGUGCGUUCGAAAAGCCUUGUUAUCCAGGCGUUUGCCACGGGAAAUGUACCUGCACAAACAACCAUACUGGCGCCUCUUGCACAACCCUGAAACCUACAGAGAAGCCAAGUAUUCCCACAGCUUCCACCGUUAUGUCUGUGAUUGAUGCUGAAACGUAUCAGACCUACUACACCGUUAUGACCAAUGCCACUUUGGACAACGGGGAAGGCACCAACUCAUUCUGGACCAACUUACAGUUUUUCAAUCACGUCAAUGUCACCUGGGACGCCAGGUACGAGCAAGAGGAAGACUACCCAGCACGACCGAAUUACGUUCACGAGUUCAAAUUUGGAAUAGUUCAGGCCGAGGUCAUUCUUCGUCACUCAAAACGGGAUAGAGAUAAAUGGAUUGAAGCAAGUAAAACAACUACCCCGUGUAAGGAAAAUGAGAUUUCAUCUGCCGACCCAGAGGAAGGAAUUCUGUCAUGUCGCGUCGACGCCGGACGAUUUCUGACUAGUCUUGAGCAUGAAGACAUGUUGGAUGUCACAGUAAGAUCAAAAAAUGGUGGACAGGCAACUUUGGUCAAAUUUGGACAGGGUAACAAGAUACUGACCUACAAUGGAACAUGGACAGAGAAGGAGAUGCAGUUCAUGUUUGACUUUCGGGAACCUUUCCAUUGCAUUAUGAACAAGACGUGCUUACACCUUCCCAUCAGCAUCAAGGGGCCGGAUAUCCGCAGGACGGGGUUCACGAUAAGGUGGCCUGGCUGGGAAGAUUCUCUAUCCGGGAUAGAACGCUACAUCUGGCGAGUCUUCCGGCUCAGGGCAGACGGGUACGGAAAUCUGACGGAAGUAGGGGCGCCAGUGGCUUGGCAGCAGGCAAACGGAACGAAUGCCGGAAACGAGAUGGCUACCUUCACACCAGAUGCGCCCGGAACAUACUCAAUCUAUCUCCAGGUGACUGACAACGCCAAUAACUCUCGAUUCGCGAGGACUGUGGUUCUGUACGAUCCAAGCAGUCAGGUAGAGAUUAACAACUCAACUAAUGCCAGACUAUUCGUCUCUAGUGGAUCUCCAAAAGUCGAUUUUCAGUGGCAAACAAACCUCACGUCGCCUAUCGUCGUCACCUGGAAGAACCACUUCAAGAAUGCCCUCCACGAAGACAACAGUUUAUUGAAUAGAGUGCUUCCAUUUCCCGGAAAGCUCUUUGUAGAAAGGGUUGGCGACAGGGACAUAGUGGAUGACAAACGCGUAUCAGAUGAAUACGACGAUCAUAGCGGACAGAGGACAGUAGACGCUAUACCGAAUGUCCACGGUAUCGUCAAGUUCGAAGUAGCACAUAGGACAGACAAUGUCCUGGGGACAUCCUGUAAUAAGCCACCAAACUCAUGGACAGAGGUUUCCGACCCACUCAGCGAGGAGCACAGCUUUGACCUAGUCCGACAAGAUGGAUCCACGGUGUGCAUCUGGAUCAAAGGGUCGGACAUCCUUGGCAACUCUGAGACGGACAUGACCUUAGUGAGCUUUGACAGCACGGAACCGGAACUGAAUGCCCCAGAGCUGGAGAGGAAUGUUGCUCCGGAAGGAGAGGCCUAUUUCAGCAGAAUCGUGAGCCAUGCGGUGGACGACGAUAGCGGCAUCAGAGAAGUAACAUGGCGGAUGAUCAAUACGGCCAACGAUUUAGAGUUCGGAAGCGGUAGUUUCGACGCCCGUUGGAAUCAGGCUUGCCCCGGAACUUCACUGCAAUGUGAAUGUUCUCCUUCGAACACUGUCAACUGUUACUAUCGACAGCUCAACGUGUACAUUCCUCACUGUGCCAUCAAUGUGUCCAAGAGCGAAGUUGCCUCCCUUACUGUCCGGGUCGAGAUCGAGGCUAUCAAUAACGCUGGCCUUCGUUCGAAAAUGAAAACUUUCCAGCUUAACAAAGUAACUGGACUGGAUGGAAUUAACAAAUAUGUCGCCCCAGUGCAGUUUGCAUCUCGCGAUAUCACGUCCUCCUCGGCUACGAUAACUUGGGACAACCCACCAAGCUGCUACAGUCUGACGGCCAUCCAGGUGGCGUACAGGCCUGAAAACGGGGGACGACUCUACAACACCACCUCAUUCAGGCUCAACAAAGACGUGAGCCUAAACGCCCUGUACCGCUGCACCGAUUACGUCAUGUGGAUUUCUAACAUCUAUGAUAAAGAAGUUAGUGACCCCUCGGAAUACAGGUUCACUACCGUGUGCUACACAUCAUCCGAGAUAGCUGGCAUUGUUAUAGGUCUUCUGUUGCUUCUGGCUGUUAUCGCCCUUUUGGUUUUUAUCCUCGUACUCUGGAGAAGAGGUCAGCUGAGGUCAACUCUAGAACGCCGCUUCACUCGCGCAAGAACAAUUCUCAGAAACAGAGUGCACAAGAAUAGUCGUCGAGCGGUGCGGACAACUUAUUUCAACAACAUGAGCAAGGACGAUGACUUGUACGUGUACGGGAACAUGGCGUUUGACGGCCGCCAAAACUGGGCCUUGAACGGAAGUGACCUGGACUUACAGGAGAUUGUGGCCGAGGGCAGAUUUGCCCGGGUCUACAGGGCUGUACUUCUGCAGGAAGGCUCCGCUUCGCAAUCUGUGGCCGCCAAAAUGCUGCUGCCUACCAAGGCCUUUGACCAGAACGAACGAUUACUGAUGAAUGCAAAGAUUAAUUUCAUGGCAUCGAACGACUUACGGCACGACAAUGUAAUACAUUUUGUGGGCGCCAUUACUGAUGACGUAGACCGAGGCCCAAUCAUGUUGCUGGAAUUCUGUGAGAUGGGCCCCUUGAAAACCUGGCUGACCAAUCAGAGGAAUCAGGGCAGAGUGUCUGAGGAUGUCGUGGAUAGGCUGUUUUACAUCGUCUAUGAGGUCGCCAAGGGAAUGGAGUACCUCGCCUCUAGAGAUAUUGUGCACCGGAAGUUGGCGGCCCGUAACAUCCUGUUGGACUUUAAUCUCCAUCCGAAGAUCAUCGGCUUCGGCCCGGUACCGGACGAGCUGGCAGACGACGCGGACAACACGACCAAAGGGGAACGGCUCCCUCUAAAAUGGAUGGCAGUGGAACUGGUGAAGGCUAAAUCAACGAAGCAUUCCAACGAGAAGACGGACGUCUGGUCCUAUGGUGUCGUGGUGUGGGAAGUAUUCAGCCUGGGCGAAGCCCCAUAUUCCAAGAUAAAGGGGGGAGAAUUGUCAAAGAAGCUGACCCAAGGUUACAGGCUUCCAAGGCCGGAGUUUAUGACGGACGAGUACGACAAAUUGACUAAGAGAUGUUGGAAUCAGAUGCCAGAGGAUCGACCCAGUUUUGUAAAGCUGGUUAAGGAGCAGUCGGCUUUGUUCGACAGCAGCGGGAAACACUCAUCCUACUACGACAGCAGCCACCUGAAGAACUACUACUGAGAUUUCAAUCUGAAGAGGCCAUUCCAAGCGUAACCACCAAAAGCUUGAAGGUCAAAUCUCAUGAUUUUCGAGUACCAGUAAUCAGUUCUACUAAUGGUACACAAAUAGUUCAGUCUAUAUGAGAUUGAAAAUUAGCUUCUGCAUAUACUUUGGUAAGCAACGUAAUGUAAACCAGUAGUUUUUUUGAGAAAGAUUUUUAAAUCAGUUUGACGUUUAUUUGGGAUCAGUAUAAGAGGCCAUUGGCCCCAAUACAUGCAUACGUGUAGAGGGAGUGAUUAUAUAUAAUCAAGUACAAUAUGCAAAAGUUUGUGCAGACUUUUUGUUACAGAAGAGAAAACGUGUAUAUUUAAUUAGCUAACAACUGUACUCUUCUUUGUAUAGCAAAAAGCCAAUGGAGUGCACAACAGUUAAAUCGUUUUAUUUAACCCAUACAUCUGUCUAUUCCUUACAAUUUACACGGACAUGGCAAUGGAACCAAGUGCAAGAUUAAAUCAAUAUAUAUUUUGUCUACCACUAGAUAAAAAAAAUAUAUUCGUCCUAUAGCGUGAUUAAAUGUUUCCUUACUUUGUCGUGGUAUAGAAAAUAUAAUGGAUUGAAUAAAAAAACAAUAUAUUUGUAAACAUUAUAUAUAUUCUCCAUAAUUAACCAAAUUCAUCUCUAAUAGAAUAUUUACAUUUUAGGAUAGAACAGGCUGACUGAGCUUUGAUCUCGGUUGGCAUAUUUUUAUAUAGAUAUUAAUUUUAUAUGUAUAUUUUUAAGUUCUUCGAACUGUUUUGUUUUUCGAAAUCCAUCCAGCUAUCUUCAAACAUAAGUGUUAAAUGUUGACAUGCUACGAUGCACAAUGAUUGUUUGACAAUACUGAACACAACAGCUAAAAGAAUUCAUUUGACAUACGAUGAAAAAAGACAGCAGUUAGCUUGUCACUAAUAAAUACUGAGCAAAACAUCUGGUAAAAGUUUCCAUUCCGGAAACAUCACUUUACUUUCAGGUCACGUGAUGUAAAACUGAAACUCCGUUGCAGCUAGUAUACAGUCUGAGCCGAUCGCUAAUUUGCUCGUGAUUGCUAGGAUACCACGACGUUGAACAUUUUCGCGUCUUCGCCUUCGGGUUUUUACGUCAACUUGGACUAAAAUUGGCCUAGAAAGAAAACGCUGUUUAGAAAAUUAAUUUUGAUUGUGUGUCAUACGGCAGUGUUGCAGUGCUGAUAAUUUUAGAUUCUGGUGCGGAUGACACUUUCUUGCUGUUUUUUUCCAUAAUUCUUUCAACAUGGACACAGACCCCCCCCCCCCCCCCCCCCCCAUUACAACUUCCUGUAAUUCUGUGUAUUUUAGAGUGUAAAGUCUUUUUUGAUGCCAGCCUGCCGUUUUUGGUGUACAGGUGCAUACUUGGUAUCAAAAUGCUGGAAAUUGUCUAAGCUUUGGGCAGGUAUGAGUUUUACUGAUGAAAGUUUGAAAUUCUGGGCGAGAGGACACAAAGAGAUAGAUGGUGAUGAGGCUGCGAGUGACGUCCCCCUUGGCGUUGCUAGGCACCCCUCCCAGCUGCUGGCAUGGAAACAUCCAGAUUUUGACGGUUAACCUAUGUCAAGAUUUUAAUGGCUUCUUUCUCACAGGCUGGGUCAGGUAUGCACUAAAGCUUAUUGGCCACGCAAUGUUUGGGGCUGAGCUACAGCAAUCCUCUGGCAUACACGUGGUACUUGUCCAGCGCCGGCAUUUGGAAAGGAGGGGGAGG